AAUGUCAUGUCAUGAAAAGAAACAUUAAAUAUUAUAAUUUUAAAUCGUAUUUAAAUAAGUAUUUCACUGAUAUUUCGAAUUAUACUAUUAGUCAUAGUGGUCAACUACAUCCAACAUGUAUCUACGAAUAAGCAGAAAUUUUUGUUUUGUGUUAUUCUUCGCAUUUGCUUUUGUGACAGUGACAACUCAAUUUGAUAUCCAGGAAGAUACAGAAACAGAGAUAAAGGAUGAUAUUGAUGUGAAUGAUGUUCCUAAUGUAGACGACUCAGAGUCACUGCUCUCCAAUGUUGUGUCAGACGUCAACAAAACACUAACUAACUUAUACAACACUGUCACUCUGGCUAAUGUUACCGCAGAAAACACAAAUAACACUGUUAAUGAAACUCGGAAACUCAUAAAAUGUAAGGAAAUAGUCUAUGACACCAAUGAGGAAGUGGAACCAACAGUGGAAAUUGUCAAUGCUUCACAAUUAAUUAAACUGUUACAUGUGAAUCCGGAAAUAACAAGUCGGGAUAUGGAAGCUGACUGUCUGCUUGUAUUCUUCUAUGCAAGAGCUUGCCCCUUUAGUGCUAAAGCAGCACCACAUUUCAAUGCCCUUGCAAGAGCAUUCCCUGAUGUGAAGAUGGUAGCGCUGGAUGCCUUAAAAUAUGGCGGCACAAAUACUGUUUAUGGAAUAGUAGGGGUGCCUACACUUAAAGUGUUUCACAAUGGCAGACCCUAUGGAAAAUUCAAUGGCACAGAAUAUAACAUACAGUCUUUCAGUAAAUUUCUUAAUGCUGUAACUGGAAAGCAUGCACAAAGUCUAGUAGUUAUGUCUAAGGACUUCCAAGGUCCAGUAUCCAGUGUGGUGGAAAUCGAAACUGAUUAUUUACUAGUCCUAUCAUGGUUGUUUAUUAUUGUUUGUUCUGUUUAUUACUUCAUGCAGUCCAAGUGCUGGACUAUGAUUGUGGAAAUGGUUCAAAAUAACUGGAGAGAAUCAGAGGCUCAACACGAACAUAAUGAUUAGUGUGUUAGAUUUUUUAAUUUAUAGUUAAGAAAUGAUUAAAUGCUGAUGUUUAUACAACUUAUUGACUUUCAUUGAUGUGUAAAGUUCAUUCAUUUGAACAU